AUGGGGAAGAGAAAACACGGCGGAGGAGGCCAGGCGAAGCGAUUUAAAAGCGGCGUGCUCAUCGAGCCGGGCCAGAUUGGCAUCUAUGCCUCGUGCAACAGACACAAAGAGGGAGCUGCUGCCAAAGAGCUGAAACAGCUGCUCAACGACAGAUGGAAGGAGUAUUUUCCGGUGGAGGAAGAAAUUAAUGAGGAGAAUGGAAGGGAGGAGGAGUCUGUCGAAGACGCGAUCAAGCGAGAAAUUGACGAGAUGAACAAGCAAAACCAAGACGCAAAAAAUAAGGAGAUCGUCAAGGAGAUGAACAUUAGUUGUGACUCGCUGAUCUUCAUCAAGACCAGAAGGCCAAUUGUGCCCUCCAAAUUCGUGACGCAAGUGUGCUGCGAGCUGUUUGACUCCAAGGCAAAGAACACACGCUUUUUGCAGAAACUGACGCCGAUCGACGUCUCGUGCAAUGCGACAGAGACGGAGUUUCGCAAGCUGGCUGAAAAAGUCUUUCAGGGCCAUUUCGACAACGAAGAAUCGUACUCUUUGAACCUGAUCAAGCGAAAUUUCAGCAUCAUUGACAGAGACACGUUCACCUCGAUUGUGGCUGAGCUUCUGCCGGGCCAUCGACUCAAUUACCGCGCGCCAGACAAGAUGAUCAACAUUUUCUGCUUCAAGAACAACAUAGGCAUGAGCGUGGUGAAUUUCCAAGACUACGACAGACUGUGCAAGUUCAACUUGCAGCAGAUUUUUGACCGAGUAAACGGACUGGACGGGAAGGACCUAAAGGACGGGGCAGAGCAGGAGACAGGGGCCGAGUGA